AUGUCGUCUGCUACCUGCUCCACCCAGGCUGCGCCACUAGACGACCCACACUCUGAGAUUGAGCUGGCUCCCUCUCUUCCAUAUGAACCCAUCGCUCUUCCUCGUCUCGCAUCUCCUGUUUCUACUCCCUCGUCUCUCCUGGCUCCCUCAGGCCUAGCAAGAUCUUUUUCUGUUUUUUCCAAACAUGGCUCUAGACCCAAAGCCGCCAGCGACUCCAGGUCUGCAAAGCGCGAAUCCUACAAUCUUACCGGCACUACAUUCCUCAUUACUAAUGAUGGACGGACGCUCAAGCUGCCUGUUGCUUCGGAAAGCAAAAGUGACCCCCUCAACUGGGGCACCUGGAAGACUGCUGGCGCCAUGUUCUCCAUUGUUCUCUUCUCCGCCGUUUCUUUGACUGCUGCCCAAGCGGCAACCGUCAUCCUAGAAAGUGUCCGGGCCAGCUUCGAAUACGAGGCAUUUCUUAUGGUGAUUGACCUGACCUAUAUCAAUCAAAGAGCGCGAGCAGUCUCCUUCAUGUGGUGCGUGGCGGGCUGUUGCGGCACGUCUGGUGUAGCCCUGGUACCAGUUAUAGCGGAUUAUGGGCACAACUGGCGCGCGUUCUACCUUUACUGGACUAUACCGCUCACCAUAUCAUUCAUCGUCUCCUUCGCCCUCUACCCAGAGACAUACUUUAAGCGACCAACAGUGGCCUUCAACGGCCUCAUCCUCAUGCAAAGCGCGACCGAGAAGCUGACCGUCUACCGAGACCGCGACGUGGACCCCACCAUAUAUCGAGACCUUCCCGAAUGUCCUGCUCGCACAGGGUUCGCCGGGUUCCGCGACCGCGUCGGCCUCUCCCGCUCUCCUUUUGCGUCGUGGAGUUCAGCAGGCCGGUGCUAUGUCCAGAUGGCCUACUGUGCCGCCAACCCGCUCAUGUUUUGGGUCUUCGUCGCAUCUGGUUUUAACUCGGCAAGCAUGCUCUUCAUCGGCGGAACAAGCAUAGGCGUCCUAGUCGCACCUCCCUACAACUUUGCGCCAGAACUCCUGGGCACCAUCAACAUGGCAUCCGGGUUGGGAGCACUACUGGCACUUCCAGCGUGCUGGAUAAUUGUCUGUAAUGCUCUUAAGAGACUUUCUGAGCGCAACCGCGGUGUGCUAGAGGCCGAGCACUACCUCAUCGCUUACAUUCUGCCAGUCAUCUUCGGUGCCUUCAGCUCUAUGCUGUACGGCGCUGCAGUCAGGUUUCAAUGGCAUCCUGCCGCUCUAUAUCUGACUUACGGAACCAACGGUUUUUCCUUUGUUAUGUUGAUGACUGCAAACACUCUUUGGGUCGCCGAGGCAUUCCCAAGAUGGGCUGCUCCAGCACUUGCCGUAGUCAUUGGAGGUUGUUUUUUGCUGAGUUUUGCGUUGAGCUUUGCCCUCGAGCCUUGGAUCAAGGCCCAAGGAUACCUUUGGGUCGGUUUCCAGCUCAUGUGCUUCCAGAUUCUUGGUGGGCUCGUCGCUAUGCCGGUCGCAUUCUGGGGAAAAAGUAUGCGCCAAGCUAUCGCAUGCCGAUGGGCAGACGACCGCAGUGGGGCUCUACGCCCACUCUGAAUCUCCCUUUCCUUUUUGUUUUCGACCCUUGCUAGCGA